GCCAGACUGUCUUAUGAUCGGGUAUUUAUAGUAAAGCUAUUAAUGGAAUGGUCACUACAGGGGAGCGGAGAGCCUAAAUAUAAAUGAAAAUUCUGAUGUGCUAAUCUUUGACAGUGAGAACUUCCAUGCUCUCCUGAAGGAUAUACCAGAAGGUAAAAAGUCUUUGCGUUCCACAUGGAUAAUUCCACGAGUGAUGAAGACACAGAUGAGGACUUUGAUACCCAGCUCAUCAUCCAGCAGAGUUUACAGGACAUUCACUGGCCGAGGACUACACAGCAGGCAUCGGCAGAUGAGAGCCUCCAUUCCUUCUUGAGUGCUGACUACAAGAAGAUAAUUGAAACAAUUGAGGCAGGUAAGGAAGAUGCGUUGUCACACUUGACCAAGCACCAUUCUGCUUUUGAGGAAGCAGAUGGGACAGGCUGGCUUCCUCUGCACAGGGCCGCAGUGCAGUUAAAUAAGAACAUUUUGCAAAUAACCCUGAAAGCUUCAAAACCCAGCAUGUGGGAGCAAACCACCCACAAUGGUGAAACGGCACUUUUCUUGGCUGUCAGCACUUGCCUCUUAGAAAAUGCCCAUUUUCUUCUUCUCAAUGGCUGCAAUCCGAAUGCCAAGAAUUCUGAAGGCAUUUCUCCUCUUCUUACAGCUGUCCUACACAACUCCUAUGAGAUGGCCGCCUUGCUCAUCAGCUAUGGGGCAGACGUGAAUCUGCGUUGUACCAACGAGAGGACAGCUCUCCACGAAGCAGCCAAACUGGGCAGGCAGGACAUAGUGAAGCUGAUGUUGGUUUCAGGGGCACACCCUGACCCACAGAGCUCCUAUGGAUUCACUCCUCUCGCUCUUGCUGCCCAAAGUGGACACACUGAAAUCAUGGAAAUGUUACUGCAGAAAGGCAAGAUUUUCUAUACGGCCUCGGACUCUUCUUCCAUCUUACUUGAAGCUGCUAGUGGAGGAAAUCCAGACUCGGUGACUCUUCUACUAGAGCAUGGAGCUGAUGCCAACAUCCCUAAGAAUUCAGGCCACCUGCCCAUUCAUGUGGCAGCUGACAGAGGCCAUUUGUUAGCCCUAAAGAUUUUGGUUCCAGUGACGGAUCUUGCCGCCAUUAAACAGAGUGGCAUCAGUCCCGUGCACUGUGCAGCAGCAGGAGCCCACCCCGAAUGCCUGGAACUCCUCAUCCAGGAGGGAUUUGAUGUAAAUUUCAUGCUGGAUCAGAGAAUUCGCAAACACUAUGAUGACCACAGGAAGUCAGCUUUGUAUUUUGCUGUAUCAAAUGGUGACCUCUCUUCAGUUAAGCUGCUUCUGAGUGCUGGAGCUCUGCCUAAUCAAGACCCAGUUAACUGCCUCCAGAUAGCCCUGCGGAUGGGCAACUAUGAGCUGAUAAGUCUGCUGCUCCGGCAUGGGGCCAAUGUCAAUUAUUUCUGCAAAGUCAACCCUUUACAUUUCCCAUCAGCACUGCAGUACACGCUGAAAGAUGAAGUCAUGCUCAGGAUGCUACUGAAUUAUGGGUAUGACACAGAGCGAUGCUUUGAUUGUCCUCAUGGAGACAAAGUUCAUCCUUGCUAUACUUUUGAAGGCUGGACAUCUACAGUUAUCAAAGAUACUAUGUUUUGUGAAGUAAUAACAUUGUCAUGGCUGCAACAUCUCUCUGGGAAGGUUGUUCGAGUGAUGCUUGACUAUGUUGAUCAAGUUCGAAUCUGUUCAAAGUUGAAAGCUGUGCUCCAAAAACAGGGGCUCUGGUCAGAAAUCCAUUUUAUCUUGACAAACCCACGGCCCCUCAGACAUCUGUGCCGCCUGAAGAUCCGACAGUGUAUGGGGCGCUUACGCCUGCGCUGCCCGGUCUUCAUGUCCUUCCUUCCGUUACCAAACCGUCUCAAAGCAUAUGUCCUUUACAAAGAAUAUGACCUUUAUGGACAAGGGAUUUUCACAGGAACCUGGUAGUCAAACCAUUCUGGAUGGAAAGGUAUAAUUCCAUAAGCUGUCUAAAGUUUGACUUGUUACAUAUGAUUCAUGAUUUCUCACUUUACCUAGCAACUAAAAUCUCAAUGCAGUUUACAUUCUUUAUUAAUAUUGAUAUUACUAUUCUUUCUUAAUAUCCUUAACACUGCUUCUCAGGGAGCCUGAGUGGCUUAGUCAGUUAAGUGUCCGACUCUUGAUCCCAGCUCAGGUCUUGAUCUCAGGAUCAUGAGUUCAAGUCCCAACAAGGGACUUGAGUUGCUUCUCAAGAGCAUUCUGAAAGGCAGUUUACAAAAAAAAAAAAAAAAAAAAACUCCCCCCAAAUAAAUUAAAAAACCAAACCCAAGCCUUAAAACUUCAAUUAGCAGAAACAGAUCAGUUCCCAUUCUGUAUUCAUUUUACAUUAAAUGUAUUAGCUACAUUUCUACAGGUCCACACAAUAGAUGCCACCCCUAAUAAUUCAAGGUAACAAAUUCUUUUUAUAGAGAAGUACAUAUAUAAAGUAUCUUAGUAAUUACACUGGAUAAAAUACUAACCUGAGUACUUGACCUACAAGUUAGCUGUUCUUGUGCAAAAGUCCCAAGGCCAGCUGAGUGUCUGUUUACUUGCAGAGGCCUGCACCAAAGUGGAGUGUUUUCAGCUAACUUUCAAUUGCAAUGCCAUCAUUAAUGGAAAACUUGCGGUCCUUCUUUACACAAAACCCUGGCCAAGGGUUACCAUCUAUUGGCUAAUGUUAUCACUGAACAGAAAUUAAGUGCUUUCAAGUGGCUUAUGAUUCUGUACUGAACCUAGUGCAGUCUUUAACACCCAAGAAGGGGUCACUAAUAGAAGCAGUUAUAUUUACUUAUUUUAAUAAUGCCUUAUAGUUAACAUACACUGUAAUACUGCAGGUGUGCAAUAUAGGGAUUCAACAAUUCUACACAUCAUUCAGUGCUCAUCGUAAGUGUACUCUUUAAUCCCCGUCACCUACUUAACCCAUCUCUCCACCAGUUUGCAAUCCCAACAAUGCACAAGUGUUCCUUGUCCUCCACAUCCUCACCAACACUUGAGUUUUUUGAUUCUAGCCAUUGUGACAGCUGUGAGGAAUAUCAAUAUAGUUUUGAUUUGCAUUUCCCUGAUAAAUGAUGUUGAGCAUCUUUUCAUGUGUCUGUUGGCCACCUGUAUGUCUUCUUUUGAAAAAUGUCUGUCUGUGUCUCUGGCCCAUUGUUUAAUUGGAUUAUUUGUUUCCUCGGUGUUAAGUUGUAUCAGUUCUUUAUCCAUUUUGAUACUAAACCUUUAUUAGAUGUGUCAUUCUCAAAUAUCUCCUCCCAUUCAGUAGGUCGCCUUUUAGCUUUUGAUAAUUGUUCCCUUUUUAGGGAACAAAAUAAAAAGAGGCUGUACAGCCUCUUUUUAUUUUGAUGUAGUCCCAAUAGUUUAUUUUUUUGCUUUUGUUUCCCUUGCCUCAGGAGACUUACCUAGAAAAAUGUUGCUAUAGUUGAUGUAAGAGACUACUACGUGUGCUCUUUUAGGAUUUGUAUAGUUUCAGUUCUCACAUUUAGGUUCUUAAUCCAUUUUAUUUUUGCAUAUGGUGUAACAAAGUGGUUCAGUUUUCUCAGCACCACUUGCAGAAAGAGACUAUCUCUUCCCCAUUGUAUAUUCUUGCCCCUUUUGCCAAAGAUUAAUUGACCAUUUAAUUGUGGGUUUAUUUCUGGGUUUUCUAUUCUGUUCCCUUGAGCUAAGUGUCUAUUUUUAUGCCAGUACUAUACCAUUUUGAUUACUACAGCUUUGUAAUGUAACUUGAAGCCUGAAAUUGUGAUACUUCCAAUUUUUUUCUUUUUCAAGAUUGCUUUGGCUAUUUAGGGUCUUUUGUGGUUCCACACAAAUUUUAGGAUUGUUCUAGUUCCAUGAAAAAUGCCCUAUUUUGAUAGGGAUUGCAUUAAAUCUGUAGACUGCUUUGGAGGAAUAUAGACAUUUUAACAAUAUUCGUUUUUCCAAUCCAUGAGCAUGGAUGUCUUUCCAUUUGUUUGUAUCAUCUUCAAUUUCUUUCAUCAAUGUUUUAUAAUUUUCAGAGUACAGGUCUUUCACCUCUUUGGUUAAGUUCAUUCCUAGAUAUUUUGUUAUUUUUGGUGCAAAUGUAAGUGGAAGUGUUUUUUUAAAGUUUUUAUUUAAAUUCCAGGGGUUAACAUAGUGUAAUAUUAGUCCCAGCUGUACAAAAUAGUGAUUCAGCCCUUUCAUACAUCACCUGGUACUCAUCACAAGUGCCCCUCUUUCACCCCAUCACCCAUUUAACCCAUCUCCCCAGCAACCUCCCCUCUGGUAUCCACCAGUUUAGUCUCUAUAGUUAGAGUCUGUUUCUUAAUUUGUCUCUCUUUGUUUUAAUGUCACUUUCUCUUGCUUCAUUUUUGGUGUUUAGGACUGCAACAGAGUUCUGUACAUUGAUUUUAUAUCCUGCAACUUUACUGGCUAUUAUCAGUUCUAGUAGCUUUUUUGGUGGAGCCUUUAGAGAUCUCUAUAUACAGUAUCAUGUCAUCUGCAAUGUAGUGAAAAGUUCUACUACUUCUUUACCAAUUUGGAUGCCUUUUCUUUUUGUUGUUUAACCACUGUGGCUAGGAUUCCAAUACUGUGUCGAAUAAAAGUGGGGAGAGAGGACAUCUUUGUCUUGUUCCUGACCUUAGGGGGACAGCUUUUGGUUUUUCCCCAUUGAGCAUGAUGUUCACUAUGGUGUUUUUGUGUAUAUGGCCUUUGUUAUGUUGAGGUGUGUUCCCUCUAGACCUACUUUGUUGAGGGUUUUUAUCAUGAAUAGCUCUACUUUGUCAACAUCGGCAUCUAUUAAGAUGAAAUGGUUUUUAUCAACUGUUAUUAAUGUGACUUAUCAUCUUGAUAGAUUUGUGAAUAUCAAACCAUCCCUGCAUCCUGGGAAUAAAUCCCAGACUGUGGUGAAUGAUUUUUUAAAUGUAUUGUUAGACUCUGUUUGCUAGUAUUUUAUUGAUUUCUGCAUCUAUGUUCAUCAGCGAUAUUGGCCUGUAGUUCUUUUUUCUUUCUUUCUUUUUUUUUUUUGGUGGUGUCUUUAUCUGAUCUUGGUAUCAGGGGGGAUACUGGCCUCACAGAAUGAAUUUGAAAGUUUUUACCAUCUCUUCUAUUUUUUAGACUUUCUUGAAAAGAGUACGUAUCGAUUUUGUAAAGGUUUGGUAGAAUUACCUCUGAAGCCAUCUGGUCCUGCACUUUUGUUUAUUGGGAGUUUAUUGCUGAUUUAUUUUCUUUACUUGUAAUUGGUCUCUUCAAAUUUUCUAUUUCUUCCUGUUUCAGUUUUGGUAGAUUAUGCUUCUAAGAAUUUGUCUCUUCUAGGUUAUCCAAUUUGUCAGCGUCUAAUUUUUCACAAUAUUCUCUUACAAUUAUAUUUCUGUGGUGUUAUUUCUCUUUAUUUUGGAUCUUAUUUAAUGAGUCUGGCUAGAGGUUUAUCAAUUUUGUUCGUUUUUUCAAUGAACCAGCUCCUGGUUUCACUGUGAUCUGUUCUAUUUUUUGGAUUCUAAAUCACUUCUAAUCUUUAUUAUUUCCUUCCUUCUGCUGGUUUGGGGUUUUAUUUGUUCUUUACCUACUUCUUGAGAUGUAAGGUUGGCGCCCCGAGAUUUUUCUUGCUUCUUGAUGCAGGCCUAUGUUGUUAUAAACUUUCCUCUUAGAACCAUGAUACCAGUUGCAGAAUGUUGGUUAAAUUUUUAUUUCUGUAUGUUCUAUGCCACAGGUAAGUACAGGUUUCUAUAUGUGGAAAGAAACUGAGGAUUCAUCUAUUCAGCCACCCCACUGUAACAAUUAGAUGGCACAGCGGUAAGAAUAGAGUGGUAGAUAGGAUGAUGUAGGUCCAUUUUCACCACAGCCCCAGUCACCACAGCCUUGUUGUUUAUAUGUUUAGUGUUAGUAUACAUUUUUAGCAUAAUAUAGUACAUCUUAAGGAAACUGAAGUUACAGGAUUUCUUUCUGAUGUGGGGAUUCAUAGCUAUACAGACUAAUUCAGUAAGCACAGACUUAAAAUUACUUUUAAUACAAUUUUCACAUUAAAAACUUGCAAAAUUUGCUGGCAUGAAUAAUUUUUAUUUUUCUAACCAAAUUGUGGUGUCCGUUUAUAAGUGAGUAGUGGAUUAUAGAUAUGUCAAUAUACAAAAUAUUUAGGAUAUACAUGCACUUAGAUAAAUUACAUAAUUCUAUAGUUUCAUUCACUCCCUGGACCUUCUAAAAGUGUAUAUAUUUUAUAAAAACAAAUUAGAACAGAAACUCCCAGUAGAUGAAAAGAACUUGGUGUUAUAGGAAAAUAUAAAGAGCACAUGGGACAAAUAUGUAUUAGUAUUAAAAUUACAGGCCAAGCCCACUUAAGCUGGUGUACACAAUAACCUGCCCCUUUAAAUUAUAUGUAUUUCUUUAAAUAGGGCCAACCAUAGCAAGUAUAUAUUGUCUGUAACAUGUCUAGGGUAAUUAUCAAGAAGUCGAUUUUUCUAAAAGAAAAAAAAGUCACUAGUGAUGAAUUUGUAUUAUUU